AUGGAAGAGGACACGGGCAGCCAGACGCCGGGCCACGGGAGCGGCCAUGGAAGCGGCCAUGGCAGCACCAGCGCCGGCACUGGCAGCGGCACCGGCAGCGGCACGACGCCGCAAUCCCAACAGGCGCAGGCCGGGCCGUCCACGUCCAACUCGCUGCUGCAGCUGUCCAAGCGCAGACGCGGGCUGGGGGUCGUCACGCCCAAUGCCUGCACGGAAUGCCGCAAGAAGCGAGCCAAGUGCGACGGCCAGAAACCCUGCGGGCGCUGCAAGUCGCAAAAGGACGUCGAGUGCAUCUACGAAAUCCCCAUCCGCCAGUCCAAAGAACACCUCCGCAACGAAAUCGAGAACUUGCGCCUGCGGCAGCGCUCCUCCGACCAGGUCUUUGCCGCGCUGAUACAGCCGCAGCUGUGGGAGGAGGUGCUGGCGCGCCUGCGCGGUGGCCAGUCCGUUGAGAGCAUCUCCGAAUGGCUGGCCAGCGUCCCUCAUCCCGCGCCUCCUCAAGGGGCUCCGGGGUAUGACCCUACCAUAGGCCACGAUCUGACGUCCAUGGCUGCCUUUGGCGACACCUCGGUGGCUCCGCUUCCGGGCAUGGCCCUUGGCAUCGGGCCCGGGUCGCUCUCCAUCCCCGGCCUGGCCAACGAGCUGACGGGCAAUGCGACCAGCCCCUGGCAGUUCUCGUCGCAGAGCCAGGCCGGCUCGACCAGGAGCGGCUCCCACCCGGACCUGAUGAGCUGGGCAGCAGACAUGAACGCGCCGCCCGGCACCUGGACCACCAUCACUGACGAUGUCAACCUGGUGCAGCACCUGCUGGCCCUCUACUUCUGCUGGGAGUAUCCCACCUUUGCCUCCCUCAGCAAGGAGCACUUCCUCCGCGACUUUCAGGCGGGGAGACACCGGUACUGCUCCCCCAUACUCGUCAACGCCCUGCUCGCCCUCGGCUGCCGCUUCUCCACCCAGCCCAUGACGAGAGCCAACCCCAGCGAUCCCUACUCCUCCGGCGACCACUUCUUCAAGGAGUGCCAGCGGCUCUUUUACGAGGAGACGGACCAUCACUCCCUGACCACCAUCCAGGCCCUAGGCAUCAUGUCCAUCCGCGAGGCCAGCUGCGGCCGGGACUCGGAGAGCUGGUACUACGCGGGGCAGAGUAUACGGCUGGCCGUCGAGAUGGGCCUGCAUCGCAUCCACGACGAUGACGACGAGGACGAGCUCGCCGUCCAGUCCGCCACCUUUUGGGGGGCCUUUGCCCUGGAUCACGCAUGGUCUCUGGCCACCGGCUCCCUGCCGCAGUGUUCCUGCUUCCCUCACCUACCACCCAAACCGGCCAUCAUUGGCGACAUUGAAGCCUCCCUAUGGGUACCGUAUACCGACGACGGUGAGGACCGCACGACUACCUUUGGGGUUAAUUCGAAGGGGCUGCCUACUAACGUGUCAGAAGGCGCGCCGUUGCAGCGGUCGUGCGAGCAGCCAUCUAAUGUGCGGUCAGUAUACAAGUGCUUUUGCGAGCUGAGCGAGCUGGUCCACCAAUCACUCUACGUGCUCCAUUCUCCCGGACGGCCCCUUACUGCCCGGGAUCUGUUGAACAUUUACACCCAGUAUCUGAACUGGUACGACCGCAUCCCCGAGGUCUUGAGGCUGGGCCACAACUUUACGCCCGCGGUCUUGUUUGCGCACAUGUACUAUCACUUCGCCAUCCUCCUUCUUUUCAGGCCACUGAUCAAGCUACGCAUCAUCGGUUCCAAGGUGUCGCCGCGUGACGUAUGCUCGCAGGCCGCCGAUGCGAUCCAGGGCCUGCUGACCUCGUACGCGCAGCUGUACACUCUGCGCAGGACGCCGUCGUUUGUUCCCUACUUUGUCCUGACGUCCGCCAUCAUGCAUCUGGCCAUCGGCGCCGCUUCCGUUAAGAGCGAGGGCCACGAGACGGGCGAGGAGAAGAUGAAGAGGGCCGCCAAGAUGGACCCUCGCGUGUCAGAGGCCCUCAGCAGGGGCAUAGCUGACCUGACGGAGAUGGCGCCAUGUCACCACUUUGCUGAGCAAGCGCUCAACAUCCUGCGGUACCUGGCCAAGAAGUGGAACAUUGAGGUCAACGUCGACGGCGACAAAACACCCCCGGAGGACCCCGACAACCUGGUGCGGCCGUACUCGAGCAGCCUCAACUUCUUUGCGCCCAACGUCCAGGAGAGUGACUUCAUGUGCGGCUGGGGGCCCGGCGCCGAGAUCGUGGAAACGCUGCAGCCGCCCAGCGUCAGGAAGUCGGCCGAGCUGGCGGAGAAUCCCCUCUUCUGGCCGUUCCCUAUGCAGGGGAGACCGCUGCUGCCCACUGGCGAGGAGCUGGAGCAGGCGGGCUUCAGAAGGCUCUGA